AUGGACGCAGAAGAAUUACGCCUGGACCCCAAUUUUCAAGUCAACAGAAGUAGAAGAUUGAGUAAUGUCAUGAAAGACAAGAGACUCAUCAAAGUUUUGGAAAACUCACCACUUCCACCGAAUGCUCCGCUUACUGGUAUACAGCUACUCGACAGCAUUUCGAUGGCAAAAUCGUCAUAA